UCAUUAAAAAUCUAGCAAAACGUUAACCAAUCAAAAUAUUGCAUUUUUCAAUUUCCGCCCCCACCCUUUGAUGUGAUUGGCUCAUUUCAACGGGUACUUAAUUACCGCGUCGUAGCCACGUGAUAAACGUGUGAUCUUGAGUCGUGUUAUUUAUGUUCCCAUUAUUGUGAAAAAUGUGUGAAAUAACAAAAAAUAAUUUUAAAGAAAAGUUCCCCGACAUCAAGAAGAGUCUGCAGAAAGCUAAAUUUAUUUCAUUGGAUCUGGAAUUUAGUGCCUUAGAACCUUUACAAGCGCCAAGGUUGUUCGACAAUAACAAAGAAAGAUAUGCCAAACUAAGGAAGAAUUUGUUAAAUGUAGUGCCUGUACAAGUAGGGAUUACAGUAUUUCAUUUUGAUAAUACCACUGAUGAUUAUUUUGGAGAUAUGUACACAUUUUAUGUAGCCCCUCCGGCUUUUCUAGUCAUCGAUAAGCCAUUUUUUUUUCAAGCAAGCACAACGAAAUUUUUGUGUUUACAUAAUUUUGAUUUUAAUAAGUUUGCUUAUUUAGGUAUACCCUACUUGAAUAAUGAAGAGGAACGAAUUUUACGGGAGAAAUUGGCAUCGGGUGAUUUGUUUGGAGAGAAUUGUUUCUUGCGUAGUGAAUUUAACGACGUUGUUAAAACAUACGUACCAAUAGUUUCUAAGUGGUACAAUUCUAGUACAGUUGGGAACUUUCUUGAAAUACCAGAUUUAAAAAAAUAUGAACAAUUUCACGAAAUCAUUUAUUUUAUGCAUAAACAUUUGCGGAGUCGGUUUCCAAAUUUAUGGACGUAUGAAAAAAAUGGGUGUUUUUGUGUUAAGAAGGUGAGCGUUGAGGAGUUAGAAGUUUUUAGAAAAAACUGCAAACUAAAUGAAGAUAUUUUAAACGAUUUGAUCGGUUUUAAACAUGUGUUUAACUUACUCGUGACGCUGCGUAAACCAAUUAUUGGCCACAAUGUUUUACAAGACUUAAUGAUAAUUAUAAACAAUUUCCACAGUCCUCUACCUGAUUCAUAUUCGCAGUUCAAAGCGUUAACUCAUAAUUUAUUUCCCACGAUUUUUGAUACAAAAAACGUCUAUUAUGAGUUGAGGUCAACGAUUCCGAAGGAAAAGCUUCCAGAGGACACUGAUUUAAAAUCCCUGUUCAAUUACUUCAAAGACGGUUUGGGAAGACACCUCGUCGUGAAUUCAACAGCUAUUGAAAGCAACAUUGACCAACAAAAAGUCGACCACUACCAUGACGCUGGUUGGGAUUCCUACUGCACAGGAUACAUUUUUCUCAGAAUGGCGCAUUUCAAGAUCGCUAAAAACUACCCAAAGCAUAAAAAAUUCGUCACUAACGAAUUAAUUGCGGCUGUGAUGGAGUACAAAAAUCGCGUCAAUGUCAUCAGAGGAGCCUCUUCCCACAUCAGAAUCGAUGGAGAGGAUCCAACUUCCAAUAGGCCACCUUGGUUAAUUGUCGAGUCUUUAAAAAAUGAACCACUCGACCUCAUGUCUACUCUUAGCUCGUACGGUUCCGUCGACAUCAAAAAAUUCUCUUCGAGUGGAAACCGGGUCUUAGUCGCCGUGGAUAAUUACAGGGCCGCUCGUGACAUAUCGAAAGUCCUCAAAACUCAUCAGAAAUUUCAAGUGCGCCAGUACAACGCCUUGAGGCACUCCCCUCUGGCACAAGUUGUGCUUUUAAGCGCGGUGACCAUUUCUGGUACCUUGCUGUUAUGGCUUACCCACAGGAUGUCGAAGAGAUAGCGCCUUGUUUUCGUAGUUUUACAUUGAAUAGAAUUUUUUGUAAGUUCGACACUUGACUACGGUCUUUUUUUGGCGCGAACAAUAGCUCCAUCCAAUAAAUUUGAAUCGUGGAAAAUAUAUGGCUUUGUGUAAGCCAAUUGCACGUGUCUUGGGCCAAACCUCUGACUAAAUUAUCUCGUAUACUUCUAUAACAGCUGUAAUGAGUGCUGUUAGCUCGCAUAAUUUAAAUUUAAAAAUAACCGAGCUGUAAUAUUGGCGCUUUAGCGUUAUUUUCGCUCGCUAUUGACUUAAUGACCUAUUAACUUAGUUGCAAAAGUGUCAUGUGAAUAAAGUUUCCAUUAACGGGUAAUCGAAUAAUAAAACUUCUAGGGGAAGCGACUAUUAAUAAAAACUGUUGAUUGAUAUUUGGUUCGUUUUCAAGGCGAUUUAGCCAGAUUGUGAUCGGUCUAAAGACCUCUGAUGAUUUUUUUAUUGCCGAAACUUAUCUGUUCUUAACCUUGUCCACCGUUUCUAUUUUGCAACAGAAUUUAAUUUAUUGUAUUUCUAUUGGAUUCAGUUUUAGACUUUCCUUCGUUUCAGGGUUGUGAGGAUUUUUGUCAUUGUCGCCCAUUAAUUUUAGAAGAAGAUAAUACAAAUGCGAAACGACACAUUUAAUAAAUUCUCCUUUUAUUCACUGUAACAUUGUCGUUUGAAAAUUUUCCAAGUUACGUAAUCCUAAAUAUUUUUUUAGAAAUCGUCCUUUUGUCUGGGAGUAUUGUGCUGUUAUGACCUGUGUACGCUUAUAAAAGAUCACGUAUGUUGUUUACAUUGAGAUCCUGGAUGUGAUUAAUGAACACUUUGUACAAAAAACGAAAAUUUUAUUGGUUGUUGUACGAUGAUGCAAACUGUUUUCCACCUUUUCGUGGUAUGUGUCUGUAAUAUUUUUAAAAGCUUGGGAAGUGUGUUGUUGAACGAUCUAAAUAUUUUUUUUUAGCGAAACGACAAGUUUUGCCUUUUGUUGAAUUUAUAUUUUAAAAGAAUUGUUCUGUUUUCAGAGAUCUUCUAACUUUUUAUUAUAAUUAAGAUUUCAUGACUUCCUGAUUAUUCAAUAUUCCAAGUGCCCCAGAUUUUAUAGGAUAAGCAAUAUUUCGUGUAUUGGUAGAGAUAUCAUGAUAAGAAACUCCUGUUGGAGGCAAUAUCGAAGAGGAAAACCUAGGUUACGUCGUGUCAUAAAAAAUAUGGAAUGUUUACAGACGCAAGUGGUGGAACUGUUAGGAGAGGGUGCCGUAAAUAUAGACAAACAUUAUUAGAAUAAGUGAUUUAGAUAUUUAAAUGGCAAAACUAAACAAUUAAAAAAUGUUUUAUUAUUUAUCUGAAACCUUUCCGAGGGAAACUGACAGGAAUAAAGUCCAUCCAUUUUAUAAUCCA